CCGGAAUAUCCGUCAGUUCGAGUAUUCCCUGCCAGACAACAUGUCUACCGAUACAGAUACAGACGCAGAGGCCUAUGUCAACAGUCCCUCGCCCGGUUUCCUCGGUAGUCUAGCCUCCGCACCACACUCCCUCCUCCGAAGACACAGCUGGCGAAGCCCUUCGUCCUUUCUCACCAACACAGCGUCUGACUUCCACCCCGCCGUCUUCGAGAACCUCCUCGACAAUUACUUCCUCCUCACGGGGGUGACGGAAGAGAUAUUCAACGCCCACUUCCGCGGCUGCAUGGACGACAAAAACGAUCCCUUCGCGCAAUGGUGCGCGUACGACCCAGCGCUCAACCUCCUCCUUUUCCACCUCGGCGAGUCGCAGACUCAUGCAACCGUCUCACCAAACUUCUACGUGGCCGUGGUGGAUGCCCUACGGGACAUAGAUCCGCAAUUGCGGUUGCAGGUAAGGCUUCUUGGGGCUGCCACUCAGGGUGCGCCCGCGCCACCGGAAGAGCGAUCGGCGGGGUGUAAGCAGCCGACUGCGUCAUGGGCGCCGAAGGAUGUCCAGUACGCUGUGAAUAGCGAUUUGCCGACUGUCGUGUUGGAGGUGGCGUGUUCGGAGAUCGAACGGCGGUACAAACUGCAAUCUGAUGUACGGUUCUGGCUCCGGUGUUGCGAGGGAUACGUCAAGGCUGUGCUGACGGUGGUGAUCCGUCCCGGAGAUGGACACAUCACUAUCGCGAAGUGGGAGAAGAAUGAGGCCGUCGGUAGUGCUCGAGUAAUGCAGCGUAUUGAAAUAACUAGGGACAAACGGUCGGACACGGUGAAUGUGGGACCGCUGGUCAUCGAGUUCGAGAACCUAUUUUCAAGGCCUAUUUCGGCGGACGCCGAGAGUGAUGUUAUGUAAUGACAUGCUGGAGCAGCUGGCGCGAGACAUCUGGCUACCUGAGGACGAGGUACGUGCACUUCUCGUAUUGCUCCCGCAGUAGAGAGACGAGAAGCGCCAGGAGUAGCGAGCUUUUACAGACAUGGCUUAUCAUAUUUGGCUUAUCGUGAUAGUAGUAACAGCCCCGGCGGAUCAAU